AUGAGCCAGCCCCUUCGGGAUCGGGGUGUCGGUGCAGCCCGAAAGGACACGUUUUCCUGGGAUCCCUGGCCUCAAAGCCGUUGUCAGCCCGGGCGUAGCGGGCGACUGGGGAGUGCGGCGACCUGGGUGGAAGCUCGCCCGGGAAGCGGUUUGAAAACCCACGGCAGUUUUCGUGGAAGACGAUCAGAGGAAAAAUCUUCAGUAGCUGCAACGGGAAAGCCCAAAAGGGAAGUUGAGGUCGAUAAUACUGAAGGUGCUGUUUUGGGAAAGAAGCCAAAAUUGGAGGAUGUUGUAUCAGAAGAUGCUAAUCUGGCAGACCUGAUGCCUCAAGUAAAAGUGCAAGCUGUGGAAACUGUUGAAGGUUGUACACACGAGGUCGCACUUCCGGCAGAUGAGGUCUUCACAGGUCUGAAGCCAAGAACUGGAAAAGCUGCAAAAGAAUAUCCGUUCAUUCUUGAUGCCUUUCAGAGGGAAGCUAUUCUUUGUGUAGAUAAUAACCAGUCUGUGUUAGUGUCAGCUCAUACAUCAGCUGGUAAAACCGUUUGUGCGGAGUAUGCAAUUGCUCUGGCUUUGAGGGAGAAACAGCGUGUGAUAUUCACAAGUCCAAUUAAAGCUUUGAGUAAUCAGAAGUACCGUGAGAUGUAUGAAGAGUUUCAGGAUGUUGGUUUGAUGACUGGGGAUGUCACCAUUAAUCCUACAGCUUCUUGUCUGGUAAUGACAACUGAGAUUUUGAGAAGUAUGCUCUACAGAGGUUCUGAGGUUAUGCGAGAAGUUGCGUGGGUUAUUUUUGAUGAAAUCCACUACAUGAGAGAUUCAGAACGUGGUGUGGUUUGGGAAGAGACAAUUAUUUUGCUCCCUGACAAUGUUCAUUAUGUGUUCCUUUCUGCAACAAUUCCAAAUGCCCGUCAGUUUGCUGAGUGGAUCUGCCAUCUUCACAAACAGCCUUGCCAUGUGAUUUACACUGACUAUCGACCCACUCCACUGCAGCAUUAUAUAUUCCCAGCAGGAGGAGAUGGACUCCAUCUGGUGGUUGAUGAAAAUGGUGAUUUCAGAGAAGAUAAUUUUAAUACAGCAAUGCAAGUGCUUAGAGAUGCAGGAGACUUAGCAAAAGGGGACCAGAAGGGCAGGAAAGGAGGAACAAAAGGUCCUUCAAAUGUUUUUAAGAUUGUGAAGAUGAUCAUGGAAAGGAAUUUCCAACCUGUGAUUAUUUUCAGCUUCAGUAAGAAAGACUGCGAAGCCUAUGCACUUCAGAUGACAAAGUUAGAUUUUAACACAGAUGAAGAGAAAAAGAUGGUUGAAGAAGUGUUCAACAAUGCAAUUGAUUGUCUGUCAGAUGAAGACAAAAAGCUUCCUCAG